GCCGUGAUCUGGACUGAGGCGGAUGAGACCAGAAACCUUUGUUCUGUCCCUCCUCUGAAAAACGAGAACAGUGACCAGAUCCCAUCAAAGCGUCCCCACAAACCGAUCUCACGGUUUCUGCAGUCGUGGUCUCUUAAGGAUGCUGGGUUAAUCCGAAAUCAGCAGGAUUCAGUCAUCAGGCUUUCUUUUCCAUCACGCUGAUCGCUACAAGCCGACGGGGACAUCUGGACGUCUUUUUUACCUGUCAGCCACUAAAUGGAAAUAAAACACGGGACUGAAAGUGGCAGCAGUCGAGGUGCGUGAACCCUGGUGAAAAAAACAUGACAUUGGUUAGAUAUGAUCUCUGAUCUUUGCAUGUGAAUUUUGACCUCAACGAAAAUAGCUGUUUUUAUUCUGUGUAGUAAUCCAAUAGUGUUUCUAUGGGGACCGGCUGGACCCACAGUGAGUGCUCGAUCUGACUCAUGAUUUACUAGUAUUUGUUUUAUCCUGGAAAAUAACAUUAUCGUGAGUGUAGAGAGACACUAAGAGCAUCUGAAGCUUUCAACCAGACGUGUGAGUUUGUCUCGAGUUUGAUGGAUGCUGUUGUUGUCAGGGUACCUGAGAGCUGCACUGUCAUGUCAUUAUUUCAGCCGGUACUUUGCCACUAUAAAUCAAGCUCACCAAUGCAUGCUGCUCUGCCUGCCAGCAUGUCAAAUGUCAAGCAGAUUCUGGUGACUCAGAUUGUGGAUCAGAUUGGAGUUUAAGUUGGCUGUCACUGAGCAAGGCUUCAGGUCAUUCUUCCUUGUCAAAACAACAAUACUUUGGAGAGGGAAGAAGGAAAAACCUGAACACAGAACUGUCCAGGUUCAUGAAUGCAUACAAUAACUUGACAAACUUCAAAGCAGGGUCAUAUCUGAGCAGUUGUAUUGAUUCAACAAUUUUUUCAUUAGACCAAAACCAAUAAACAUUAUCACUGACCCUGAAAGCUCUGCUAUUAAUCACCUUUUAUGAGCAUAAAUUAACAUUAUGUUGAGGUCUUUACAUCAAGGUUAUCCUCAUUCAUGGUUGAGUGUGAGCAGAAUAAAGAAAUUACUCAUAAGCAUGCUUUGGAUGAAUUUUAAUGUGGUUGGACUUGCAUGUUCUAAUUUUCAUUAAAUUAAAAUGAAGACAGGAAAUCAAUAUGAAAUAUAUUUAAUUGUAUAUUUCAUUUCUGGUCAUUUAUUUGAAAGACAUCCACACAAUGUUCACUUUUUCCUCUUGGCAGUAUGUUUUUAACACACUGCCUAUUAGAUAAAGAUUUAUAUCAAAGCAGUUAAAAAGUUUUGUAACAUAAAAGUAAGAUGAAAAUAUAACACUUUGCUUGCAUGAUCAAGCCAGGAAAUGGCUUCCCAAACCCAUUAGUAAAACCCCUCCCUGGCUGUGUAAAAACCUUAACAGGUAGAUUUGUCCAGGUAUUUUGUGUAACCUGGGUACUAGGUUCACAGUUAUUCUCUUUAGCUCUUGUUUUUUUGUUUUCUUAUUAGAAAUGAAGGACAUGUUUGAUGUUAAGUCACACAACAUCUGAAAAUAUCACACCUCUUCCUUCUCCUUUCACAGGUAAUGAUCUUCCAGUCCACUAUCUGCGCCUCCUGGCUCCACCCUUGCAGCUUUUAUCAGCUGCAGUGUGGCAGGUAGUGCAGCAGGGACUUGUGGACCACUAUGGGAUGCUGGAGGAGUUUGUCACCAUGGUGACAGAGCUGGUCCCAGAGCUGAUGAGCUACAGUCAGAGGGCACAGCUCAUCCUGGGACUAAGAGCCAGGGUUUGUAUUAUUAACUCUUAAAUCCUUGUUGAAGUUGAAGGGCUUUGUAAAAAUUUAAAAACAAAAUCUGAUGGUUUGCAAAUCAUGUAAACUGUCUAUCUGACAGACUCUCAAACGAGAGUGCUGUUAAUAUAAGAGGUGAUGCAACACAAUUGUAAACAUGCACUUUUGUUCCAAAUUUUUUUAAAUGUGAUGCUGGCAUAAAAUUUUCAGUUAGUUUUUCAGUUUCAACAUUUGUGAUAUUGUCUCUUCAUUGCCAGUUAAAUGUAGGAUUUGCUUGAUUUGCAAACCGUCAAAGUCUGUGCUUAUUGAUAUUUUACACAUUAGCCCGACUUUUUGAAAUCAGGGUUUUACAUUUUUAUACCUCAGAAUGAAGAAAAAUUUGCAUGGGUGGCAAACAUGGGAGAAAACAGACUUACAAUUAUGGCACCGUGAGCCUCCGGGCAAUAAAGGAUCAAAGCAGCUGACACACCGUCCCCCCCUAUCAACAGAGAGCAGAUUUUUGGGAGAGAAAAAAGGCAGCGAGACUUCCAAACCUGCUCAAUUUUUCUCAUUUUAUACCACAAACAUAAAAUCUACAUCAAAGUGUUCUGACAUUUCAUACAUUAUUUAUAAUAUUCAAAUCUUGAGGCCAAACAACUAGUUUACCAUCAACAUUUUAGCUAGAAUUUAAAAUACAAUGUCUUCAGAAACUGUCUUUUCUAAAUCCUGCCCCUGUCUGUCACCUUUCAUACUCACUCAUGUUACAGAACAAUAAUCCAGCUAUAUGAAUUUCUCUUUGUUUUUACCUGUGAUCCAGGAUUUAUCCUGAGUAUUUUUGCAGAUUGGAGUCUUGUUUCUAAAUGAUGCAAAUUUAGUAUCUAUAAUGAAGCUGCUGCGCUAUCUGAAAGGAACUGAACUGAAGCAGGAUAGAGUCCAUUAGUUUAACAGAUAUCUUCUGUCUGAUGCUUUCUUUACCUUUGUUGCCAUUUCUUCCUUUUUUUCACCACUACAGUGCUUUUAAUCAGGCGACGAUGGAUCAUUUAUUGUGCGAUUUAUGGCAUUUUUUUCUGUGUGCACUUUCAGCUGGUCCUGGAGAUGUGUCGAGGUGAACACCCAGCGGACAUGCAGACCAUUCAGCCACAUCUGGACAGAAUUAAAGCCCCUGUCAGCUCUGCCAAGGAUCACCAGGUAAGUGAAUAGUUGAUGGCAAACCCACAAGUGUUUCUGUCUACAUAAUGAGUCCACUGGUUCGUCUCUUUUCAUUGACCUAUAUGACUCUAUAUGCAUCCCCAAUUUUUUCAUGGCAAGAACACAUAGUUGUUUUAUUUAAGCGGUAUGAGCUUGAAUGAAUAAAAGUUGUGAAAGUCAAAUAUGGAAAACAUUUGCUCUGUAUAAAUAAUGUAGAAUCUGGUUUAGCUGCAAAUAAGACAAAGUUUUCCGUAUGUGUGUUCAACAGGUAACCAUCAACCAGGUGGAGGAGUCUGAGGUGAACUUUGUGGAGUUGGUGCAUUCACUGCUGGAGGAUCCCACUGAAAGGACCUAUUUUUUUCAAGUGAGGCAGCAGUCUUUACUAAUUGUCUGUUUCUUUAUUUAGCACACUGCAUCAUAUUUAAAGUGCAACACAAGGAAAAUAACAUUGUUACAACUUUGCACGUAAUCUAUCAUCUCAGUUUUUUUUCGAAUAUAACUCUUAAAAUGAAACUUAUAAAAUAAACAUGUAUGUAUGUACAUGUAUGUAGAAAAUAAACUUUGACAUCAGAAAUAUUCCUCAAUUCUUGAUAUAUCGAACACUGAAAAAGUGUGUAUGUAAGGACAGGACCAAAAACAGUGGUAAUGACUUACUUGCUGGAAGCCACAGUUUCUCCAGCAGCUGUAGAAACCAUGUUGUUGGUAUUUUGAUCCAUCUCUGUUUGCAUCUCUCUUGGGGCAGUUGAUUUGGAGAACGUGUAUCUAUACAUAAAUAUACAAACUUACAUUCAUAAACACUGUAAACAAAAGGACAUACACACUCAUUUACACAUCGAUCAGUCAUAGCGUUAUGUCUGUUGACAGGUAAAGUGAAUGACGCUGAUUGAGUCUUUACAGUGGCACUUGUCAGAGGAAGGGGAGCGUCACACUGAAAGUGAACAUUUUGUUCUUUGAGCUGAUGUGUUAGAAAAAGGCCAGUAUAGGGAUAUGUGUGACUUUGACAGGGUUUCAGUUGUGAUGGUUUGAUAGGGUAUUACCAGUCUGCAGUGAUCUGGUGCUCCUAAAAGUGGUCCAAGAAAAAAUACCUGAUGAAAAAGAUCCAACAGAAGAGCAAGUGGAUCUCAAACUGCUAAAAAAUGUUCUGUUAGAAAGUUGUCGGAACAUACAGCCCUUUGCAGUUGGUUGCAUUUGGGCUGUGUGGCCACCAACUAGUCAGAGUUCCUUGUCCAUACUCAGCACCUAUAGAGGACAAAUGGCCAUGGGCGCUGGACCCCAGAGCAAUAUUUUAAUGUGGUCUGGUCAAAUAUGAAAAUACUGACUUAGCCUCCAAAUUCUACCGAUCUCAGUCCUAAAGAACACCAGCGGGAUGUGCUGGACUACUAAAUCCAAUCCAUGAAGGCCAAACCUCACAACUAACAGAGCUGUGGGGACGUGCCACUGUCUUAGUGCCAAAUACCACAGCACACCUUCAGAGGUCUGGUGGACCUGACAUGUCUCCUCAGGUCAAGACCAAAAUAGCCCUAUCCUGACUAGAGUGGGGCUUACACAGGUGCUCAUGAUGUUCUGCUUCGUCUUUACUCACUUAAUUCAACAUAGUAAAUAAUCUUGAUUGCGUUAUGUCACAAUCGCCAUCCUAGUUUCUGAUGAAAUAUGUAAUUAGCAUGUAAACUAGCUUGAUAUAGUAAAUGACAGAAACAGGACAACUAUAAUAGGCAAAUCAAAAUUACAGUCUUGUAUUAGGGUUUACUUUACCUUUGCUAGGAGAGAGUACAUGUCAGGAGAAAGGACAGCUAAACAGCAGAGGGUAACACUGGAACGUCCAGAGUGGAUAGAUGACAGAGCUGCCGCUCUCCUAGUGUUACACAGUUCAAAGGGGAGUCCUUGGACAGGAUCUCCAGAGCUAUUAACAGUCAUCUAUUAAAAAGUGUCAUGUUCUUUUGAACUACCAAAGAGCUUUGAUGGUUUUGGAUGAAAUCCAGGUUUUGUUUUUGUGGAUCUGGUUUCUGUCUUUGAUAUUUGAGGCCUAAGCCUGUCAGACAAUGGCUCACAACCACAGAAACAGGCUGUUAACAACAGAUUGGAACCCCAACAGGGUGAGCGAGCAUCAUCUGAAUUUCACACACAAAUUACUACGAAUCAACAAAUGCAAGAAUUAUACGCUUAAAGGAACUCACAUUUUAUAAUUUAGUAAGAACUAAAACUGCACAGGGGGUGUACAAAGCACAAAAUAAUUUACUUCCAGGUUGUAUUCAGAUGCUGUUUGAAAUCUGAGAGAACAGGUAGCUUUAAAAAACAAAGUGAAGGAUCAACAUAAAACAGAUCGGUGUUUCAGUUAAAGGGAUAAACUCUUGGACCAGCUGUGAUGAGAAAUCAAAAAAAUUUUAACUCAGUGUAUUUAAAAAAUGCUUAAAAUAAGUUGUUAUUCUGUCGUCAAAAGGCACUUGUAUAAAACAGGAAGCUAAGUACAAAACAUUUGGACCUGUACCUCUGACACAGCUUAUUGUUUAUCAGUGACAGGGAGUUUAAUGAACCACUUAAUACAGUUGUGACAGAAUUGCAACCACAGUCUCAAAAUCCUCAUACAGCUGCUACAUUUUAGAGCCUCGAGGUUUCAAAGAGUUUGUGUCAAACAGAAUAUCUGAGACACUCCACAAGUCUGGUAAAAAUGAGAGAUAACUUUGCCAGUGAACUUGACCUUAAUGUAUCCCUCACUCCUGAUCUGUUUAUAUCUUAUCCUCGCCCACAGGAAGUCUUCCCGGUGUAUUUUGGCCCAAAGUAUGACGCAGCUCUUGAAAUGCUGGUGUGGGAGUUUAUAUCUCGACUGGAGGAGCUUCUGCCUGCCCCAGACUUCACACAGGUGCCCUGAUUUUGAACUUUGAAAGCUUUGCAGAGUAAGGAUUUCUGGCACGACUUCACCUCCUCUAAAUCUGCACGGAUGUUAACCUUUUCAAGACGGAGGACAUGAGCUGAAAAGUUUAAGUCUGUUGAAAUAAAAUCACAUUAACAUUUACACAGAAAAAAAUCUUUUUUAUUAUUACAAAUACUUUUUGGAACAAACAGGAUAUUUUUUAAGCUAUAAUUGGUCUUAUUUCUUCAUCUAUUUUUUAACUGAUUAACAGCUUGCUGAACUGAAGCAAAUUGUGCUCCAUACUUGUACACUAACAUGAGGAAAAAGGUUUUGGUUUUGUUAUCUCUACAAUCCUUUUUAAGUGCUCCUGUAAAGCUUGUUUCACUGUCCUGUCAAAGCCAUACUCUGCAGCGUUCAUGCAAAUACAAAAGGUCAUGACAAUCUGCCUGGGGAGCUUACUGGGCCCUUAGAGAUUCGUAUGCAAACUUGUUUAUCCACUUCCUUUUAUUUCAUUAUCAAAGUAAACCAAGUGUGACACAGACACAUGUCUAAAAGUGAAACAGCCCUCUCAUUUUUCUGAGCUGCAUCAGUGUUUCAGGCAGAUUGUAGCAUACAAGCUGGAUGUAGGGCUCAUCUGUCUGCAGCUCUGAUGCACAGACAGAUAUAGAAGAGUGUAAAGUGGGCGCAGGUGCACCAUUGAGUCUCAGUAGAUUUCUUCUUGCUCACUCUGUUUUCUGCACCAAACAGUGGCAGGAGACUAAGGUCAUUUCCGUGACAUAACAAAGCUGGUUUUCGCAUGACAAUUUUAAAGGCUGGCUUCACUCUAACAAAACAGUUUCAUAUUUUAGUAAUCCAUGUUUCUUUCUGGAAUUAUUGAAAGUUCCUUGCCUGCACAAAGUUAAACAAACCCUGAUUUUUCUCCUCUAAAUAUGACGGUCUCUCUUCUCCCCAGUUGGCAGAUUUUCUCAGAGACACUCCUUCAUUCCUUGACGACUGUUUACAAUCCUUCUUCCCACCUGAGGACAUGAAGGCGGUACUUGAACAUCACAGAAACCUUGGGCAUUUUGAAGAGAAAGGUAAUGAGAUUUCACACUCUAGUGUUACCUGCAAUAUUGCAGAGGAAAGUAGAACCUGCACCAGCAGACUAGUAUAGAGCGAGGGAAAAUUACCCACCAGUUUAUCAACGUCAAAUGGGAAUCUCACACAGAUUUAUAAUGAAAAAUGGGUUCUUAAUAUACAUUUGAGCAAAGAGACACACACUUGGAUGUGGGAAAAGGAGAGUUAGUUGUUCAAUAUCUCCAUAUCAGCUGAAACCUUUGAGUGUGACGCUUAAAUACAUGUCAUGUACUUAAACACGGGGAUAGGAUUGUGUUUUGGUGUUUAUGUUUUUGCCUAAUUAUUUUUUAGCAUAGUCCCUAAAUUAUUCAAAUAACUGUGUCUGUCUUUUCUUUUACAUGCUCUGUUCCUUAUGCUGGUGGCAAACAGUGUUUGUUUUUGUUUUUGUCUGCGAAUACAGAAGAAAAUGAAUUAAUCUUAUCUCUUGUCUACUGGUAUUUUUGGUUGAAAUGCACUUUACAUAUGGAAAACAAUUUGAGUUUGAUACCUUUGUUUGUCCUUCAACAGUCCAAGUUAGUUAGGGUCUAAUUAAUCCUCUUGUCCUCAUUCGUAGAUCCUCGGUUAUUACCCAUGGAUGACUGCAUCCUUUCCUCCUUGUCUGUUUCUCCUGGGGCCAAAUCCACCACAAACCUCACCUCCUGCUCACCUUCUCCAAAAGACUCAGACCCUCCUGAGCACCAGGGACAUCCCAGUGCUACCUCCAACAUGAGCAGCCAUAGGAAGACAAGCUGGUUGAGACAAAGACUGAGAAAGAUGAGACAGCACGGUUCUCAGGAGAGGAAAGCACAGAGCGCGGUUAGUUCAAGGACAUGUGAUGAAACCAUAGACCUCACUACAACUAACGAGGCUGCAGACUCCGAUUCAGCAGCCAGUGAUAAGAGCCAAAGUUUAAGAGGAGGCCGGAUUCUUAGGAAGAGGAAGCUGAGUGGAGGGGUGGACGUUCCCAGCAAACAGCCUGCAGAGGCCGCAACUUUCUUGUAAGUUCGAUAGAUCGCUAUUUUUUUUUUUUCCUUUUUUUUUUUUUUUUGCUUAAUGUCAACACUUCAGAAAAUUUGAUUAUAAAAAAGUUUGUUUUAGUUUGUGGCCAAAAUAUUUUAUUCUAAGUAAUAUACUCUUACCAGAAGUUGUUGAUUUGGUGUUUUUCAAAAAAAAAUUAUAAAAGGGUGUUCAAAAAUCUGCUCCGUUGUAUGUUUUUCUUCUUCGACAGAGAUCCAUCAGUGGACGUUGAGAAUUCAGCUGAAUCUCCUCUGAUCUCCAUAUGGGGAGAAUAUACAGGUUUGUUCUGUUUGUCUGCUAUUUAAGAUUAUUGUGAUUUAUCAGCAUAUUGAUCAGCCAAUUAUUCUAUUUAAGCAAAACGUAAUGUAAAGCAGUAUUGUGAAUCAUUAUUACAUUAACAGGAUUAGAAUUACCUUCAGUGUUUUUAUCAUUUUUCUUUAUAACAUUAUACCAAAGACACUCAGCACAUCUAACUAUCUAUCUAUCUAUCUAUCUAUCUAUCUAUCUAUCUAUCUAUCUAUCUAUCUAUCUAUCUAUCUAUCUAUCUAUCUAGCUAGCUAUCUAUCUAUCUAUCUAUCUAUCUAUCUAUCUAUCUAUCUAUUAACUCAAAUAGGCCCUGUUUGGGAGACUGAGACAAGUUGCGAGGUGGUAAAUGAGAUUUAUUAUAGGUAGCUUGUCAUUCAGAAGUUUAGGAGUUGUUGGCUGGAGGUGCUGAGGGUAGCAUGGAGAGCACCAUUGAGACAAGGAAAACAGCAUUAGCAAAAGCAUGGAGAGAAGCUGGCGUAAAGUGGCAGAUUGCGGGAGCCAGAGCUGGAGCUUAAGAGCAGCUGCUGAUUGCUUCUAACGAGGGACAGCUGCGCCUCAUCAGAGUGGAGACCGCCUCACCGCGACCCCACCAGACUCUGCUGCACUGAAACUUAGGACACAAACCCAAUGUAAUAGCCAAACACAGAAAACGGUAGAGAUGACGAUAAAUAGUCAAAACUCUGAACUUCAAAAUGUCAUGUGCUCAUCUUAGUCAGAUAGUUUGAAUGGCUACACUUGAGCAGCAUACCCCUAUGAACUAUAUCUGGAGAAAUACCAGACACUAAGAUGAGCCAGUGAUGUAACCGUUGUGGACAUGUUGGAGCCUUCCUCCUGUGGGUGAAACAGUGUCCUUCCAGUGGAGACCCUCUAUGUGGUGUAGUUAUGGUUAUCAGCAGAGAAGUGACUUUACUGCUCUCUAAGUGUGCAUGCUUGUACUCUGGCUCUCUCAGAGAAAAAAAUCUAACCAAAAAUGUUUAAAAACUCUUAUUGUGUUUUUAUUAAACAAUCAAAAAUGAUUACAUGAAAAAAUUCAGUGCAAAAGAAAUGAACUUACAACCCCAAAAUUUGAUUUAAAACCCAUCAGUUAGCCAGAAGAAAAAUAUAACUACAAAGCACAACUCCAGACACCUUUCAGCAUAUUCAUGGUUUUCUAUUUCUGUUACUCUUAACAUGACCUUUUCAUCUCACACCAGCUGCUCUCUCUCUCUCUCUCUGCUCUUCAAAAGCUCCCACAUACAUACGAACUUUUGUAACUGGAUAAAUCUACCACAUGCUUGCAUGAGCGUAAGAUCAUCAAAAUUUGUUUUAUGAAUAAUUAACAUGAACGUAUUGAAACUAAGAAAGUGUUUGAAUGAUAAAAAGAUUAUAAAACAUCAAACUUUACACAUAAACUCAGAAUAGAUCAAAUUUCCAUCAGAAUCCAGCUGUAUACUGUAGAUCAAAUUUAUGCUUCUAUUAGUACUACCUUUGUCGCUUGUAUUAUCCUGUUCUGUUUGUGUUUUCUUUUCUUGUCUGUCCAUAAAUAACUGUUAGUAUUAGUUCUGUUUGGAUCCAUUAGUCGAAGAUCAGACCCAAGAAUACAUUUUUUUUCAUUUCAGACUCUCAAGAAGGUUCACUGCCAGUCAUAACUGACACAAAAGUCCCGUGGUCAGACGAGGAGACGCUCCACCUGCUCGACAUCUGGGGGAAGGACUCCGUGCAGCGGGCUUUGAAGGGCUGUUUAAAGAACCGUCACAUUUUCACACAGAUCUCUCAGAGGAUGGCAGAGAGAGGCUUCAUGAGAUCAGUGGAGCAGUGUCAGACCAGGAUCAAACGGCUGAAGAAAAGCUUCAGACGGAACAACAAGUGAGUGAUAAACCCUUCCUGUUUGUUGUCCAAUCAUUGCAGUUCAUCAGAUAAAUGUCUUUCUCAGCAGACCUCAUUACACAGCUGUAAUUUCUGUUCCCCUUUUCCCUGAUCUAACACCAGAGGGAGCUCCAGGCUGGAGUAUAAGUUUUAUGAGCAGCUGCAGCGAAUCCUCGGCUCCUCAGCUCCUUCGGCUUUUCCUGAGGUCUCGUAUGAUGUUGAAGAGAUGAAUGAUGAAGAGCUGCCUCAAGAUGCCGAUGAUGACCUGCAGUUUGUUGGCCAAACAAGCCAGUUGGAAAUAGGUACGAUAAUCAGCUCUGUAAGCAUUUAACCAGGAUUGAGAAGAAGGACAAAAUGAUGCUGUCAAACUUCACCAAAAAUAUAGUGUAGGGCACACUGAAAUGACAAAUACAGACAGAAUUUGACUCCAUACUUUUCACACGCUGUUUUCACUCUCUCUAUUUAAGGAACUCGAAGUGUCCCGUGGACGGACUUGGAGACACUGACCCUCAUAAACACAUGGGGUGAAGAAAGGAUGCAGCAGGAGCUGAGAGGAAACAAAGGAAGCGGGCACAUCUUCUUUGUCGUAUCCAACAAGAUGGCUGCUCAAGGCUUUUCCCGAACACCAGAGCAGUGCCAAACCAGGCUGAAGAGGCUGAGGUCCAGUUUCAGACAGUGCUACCAGAACAAGUAUGUGUUCUGGUCGCACUUUUUUUCAGGCAGUUCAAAUCUUCUGAGCUACACAUUGAAUUUUUGAUCUACAUGUUGAGACGUAACAUAAAAGGGAAAAGAAAAGUGUUCAGGUUGUUAAAGUUUUGGAUUAACUGUAUUAUCUGCCCUUUUCUUACCUCUUAAUCUAGUUUGAAGGGAGAGGAGCAGGUCCAGUGCAAGUUUUAUAACGAGCUGGGAAGAAUCUUGGUGAAGGACUUCCUCCCAGUGCCACAGGGAGAGGAAAUGUCUUCAGAGGAGCCACCAGAAGACAUCCCCUCUUUCGCCCAGCCUGAUACAGGUAAAACAUCAAAACUGGUAGCAGGAGAUAUUCUGAAGCCAAGAAAAUGUUCAAUUUGAGUUUUAAAGACUUUCCCAAGAGUAAGAACAAAAAUGAAUAUCCUGAGCUUAUUCUGGAUGGGUUGGUCAUUUUGACUCCUCAGCAUUGAGAACUGUACAGAGUAAUUUUACCACACAGGGAAUAUUUAAUAGUGAACCACCUUUUUCAUGUCUUGGUAAAGAUACUGCUGUAGCUAGAAUAAAGAACUCCAGAUACCGACCAUCUGACAGGUCUGCUUUUUGUCUCCAGAGUCAGGACCAAACAUGGAGAAGCAGUUGUCGAUUUUUAUGUUCCACUUUAUUUGGAGCAAAUUCCAAGAAAUGAAACAAUUCUUCCAGAACUCUCUGUUAUUGAGGAGUAAUGUAAACCAAGUACCCGAGCUCGAUGAGUUUACACCAGAGUACAGUCCAGCAUUCAUCACAAGUCAUCAUAAAGUUUCAUGUCCCUUUUACAGCACUGUCUUAUUAUCGUAUCCUGCCUCUUCUUGCUGGCUUUAAAAUCUGAUACAAAAAAGUUCCUCUUCUCUAGUUUUUCAUCAUCAUCCAAACAAAAAAACUCAAAAGAAAUGUUACCAUACUUUUAUCAUACAUUUACCAACAAAUGUGAAGUAAAAAUGUUGGUGAUUAAUUCUCUGUAUAGUUUCAAUUGUGUGUUAAACAUGUUUUUGAAAGAAACUCCAGCCUGCUGUGAAGCGUUUUUUAAAAACUCAACCCAAGAGUCAUCUAAAUCCACUUGAGAAAUACUCAAUCUGUGAUAUAAUUAAUUCGUAAAUAUCCUGGAAAGGGGAUGAUGUUCUUUUCUAAACUUAACAGGUCAGAUUUAAGUCCCGAAACACGUGUCCAUGUGUCAAAGUUCAUGUUUCAGCAACAACAGCUGACUCAACGACAAUAACUUUGUAGUUAGUAGUGGGGGAGGCUACCUGCUAGUUCUGUUUUAUGUAAUACUUUUGGAGGAACAUGUUCAACCUCAACUUCGAUGAUGGUGAAAGGAUCAAUACAAAGUUGAUGGCAGAAUCAGCUCAAUAAAGUUAUCGUUUCAAUCAUUUCUGUUUGUGCCUCCUCAGAGUCUGCUGUGGGCGUUCAGGAGGACAGGAAAAAAGUCCCUUGGUCGGACAAAGAGACCAUCAUCCUUCUGGAGUUAUGGGGAGACCAGCAGGUAGGAGACGGUGUCAUAUUCGAUUUUUCUGAUGAACUCAAAAACUGAGGAUGUUAGCAUCAGCUCACCAUAAUGGCUCUCUUUGAAUUUUUAUUUGCAGGAGCAUUAUGUCUAAUCACUGAAAGUGUUUUGCGUGUUUCCCUCUGAGUUUAGGUCCAAAAGAGCAUGAGACGUUACCCGCACAACGGUCACAUUUUCUCUGAAAUAUCAGAGAAACUCAACGCCAACGGCUAUUACCGCAGCCCAGAUCAGUGCCACACCAGGAUCAAACGGCUGAAAGCGAACUAUCGGCAAUGUCGAGAAAACAUGAGGUAAAAAAAUUCACACCGAUGUUAUUCCUCUUUAUUCUACUGUGGUCUCUUUAUGUGUGUCAAAGCAACUGCAUUUACCACGCGCAGCUCCUCUGGCAGUGACAGAGUGGACUUUAAAUUCUACGAUCUGCUGGAACAAAUCCUGGACAAGCAGCCGUCAACGUCCUCCACUGUGAUCACUGACUCCAUCGAGAUAUCAGAGGACUCCAACAGUGAGUCAGUGACAGAAACAGGUACAACUUCACCUCUCUGGCCUGUCAGUGGGUGUUUGUUUUAUACAGAAGUUAAAAGUGAAUUUUCAUCAGCAUUUGGCAGCAUGUAAUAAAGACAGAUGUUGAAUUUUGAAUGUGGGAUUGCUAAAUGUUGUCUUAAUCGGUAUUUCAAUGCUUUGUGUGAAAUUCAUGCAUAACUUAAUAACUUUAUCAUUUAUUUAGACUGAAUGAAAUAACUUUGUGGUUGAAACACACUGUUAUCAUACCAAAAGCCGACGAUAACACCAUCUGUUUUUCCCGCAAGAUGGAGAAAUCAUGUCCACAGAGAAACCAGCACCAAGCUCAUGGUCCGAUGAGGAGACUCUCGCUCUUAUCGAGAUCUGGGGCGUAGAAGAUGUACAGAAGGUACUGAGGGGUUUUGUCCACAAUGGUCACGUUUAUGAUGAGAUUUCGGAGAGGAUGCAGGAGCUCGGUUACUUCAAAACCCCGGAGCAGUGCCGCUGGAAAGUCAAAUCUCUGAGGAACAACUUUCGACAGUGUUACGACAGGAAGAAGUGAGAUCUGUUUUUCAGUCUUUUUGUCCGAGAAUUGAGAAUCGAGUUUGUAAGAAUGAUUGAAUAUGAACUAACAAUUACAUUCACAUCUUUUUACGCUUUCAAGAAGUGGAAGAAGCGUUGAUUAUAAAUUCUACAGUCAGAUGGAGCUGGUACUCGGACAGGAGGCAGUUUCCAUGGAUGAAUAUGAUGAAAGAGAUGAGCAAGCAGAGGUGGAUCAAGGUACGUUUUACACUCACAGCAGAAGAGGAAAAAAGCACUGCAUGAUACACAUUUAAUAAACCUCCCUGUCUGUUGCUUUCAUCAGAAUCAGGUGCAGACGCUUUAAACACAGCAUGGACAGAGGAGGAGACGGUUGCUUUGGUUGAAGUUUGGGCUGCAGACGACGUGCAGCACAGCCUGAAAGCUUGUGUGAGAAACGGGCACAUAUUCGCAGACAUAGCUGAGAGAAUGACUGUUACGGGAUACCCCAGGACGGCAGAGCAGUGCCAAUCACGCAUCAAGAGACUGAAGAAGGCGUACAGGCGAUUCUGUAACAACCGGAGGUAAAUAAACCAGAUGAUCGAACAUGAUUGAGUUAUUAUUUUGCCAAAUGAUGAUUCAAAUCUCGAUUUUGGUUCAAGUAGAAAUGGACGGCCCUCUGUGUUUCGAUACUUCCACCUUCUGGCCCCGGUGCUCGGUGAUGACUCUGUGUUUGCUGACAUGGACAGUACAGCUGCUGAUUCUACCAUACAGCCCAUCAUAGACAAUGAUCCUGAAAUGUGUAAGCUGAAGUAUCAUCAAACCCUUGUACGCAGUUUGUGUUAGAAAGCCAGCUAUAGAUCCUUAAAAAUAAAAAUAAACAAAUUUGUUUGGUUUGUUUUUUUAGAUGAUCAGCCCUCAGGGAGCCAACUUCUCACCGACCUGAGCAAAAAGACGCCCUGGUCAGACCAGGAGACCCGCACCCUCCUGGAGAUCUGGGGUGAAGACGCGGUACAGCUCACACUGAGGGGCUGCCAGAAGAACCGCCACGUGUUUGUGUACAUUUCUGAGAAGAUGAGCAGCCAGGGAUUCAUUCGCACCUCAGAGCAGUGCUACACCCGCAUUAAGCGCCUCAAAUAUGGCUUCUUACAUGAAAAGUUAGUGAAGAAAUGGAUGAUUAUUUGUUUUCCUCAUGGGGAUCUUAUGGGACAUUUUUAAUUUUUCCUUUUAUUUUAAGAUUUAUUUUUUGAUGUUUCAGAAAUUGCUGUGUAUAUUACUGAGUCCCCUCUUUGAUAAAACACACUUUUGAGAUAUUUACUGAACUCGUUGCAUUUUUCUGUAUUUUUUUUUUAUUGUUUCAAAAAACCUUUUGUGUUUUCUCGAUGAAUCCCAGGCUACAAAUUCAAAUGUGGUGACUUGUCUGUUUUCUGUUUGUUCGAUGAUUUCAGGGAGGACUUUAAAUUCUUCAGAGAGAUGGAUGAAAUCUUCAGAAGGGAGCUGAAAGUGGACGACUCAUCCGCUGAGGUCUCAGCUCCAGAUGAGCCGGAUGAUUAUGAACCUGUUUCUACUCAAAAGAAAGGUUUGUCAAAUUUCAGUCUUGAUCGGUGUUUUUUUUUCUUCAAACCAGGAGUUGAGGAGUUGAAACUUGUGAAUAUAACACCAAUGAAUAUGGGAAUAUGCUUUUUAUAGUUUUUACCAUGAGCCUACAUUUAAGCUAUAGAAAUUAGAGUAGAUAAUGUACAGUUAAAAUUCAGGUGAGAAGCAUAGUUGAUACAGAUUAAAAAAAAACAUAUUGAAGCAUUUCAUGGUAUACAGAAGCAAACAAGAUCAUCUGAAACAGGUUUAACAACUUUUAUCAUGCAAAUUUCAGUGCCUGAAUCUGGUGCGAGGGGGUAGGUGGCAACCAAGAAGCUGAUAUUUUUUUUUUUUAUCAUUUCCACAUAAAAUAUUCACAAUAAAUAAUAGUUUUUACUUUAAAAUAUCAGCAGAAUCAGUUUUUCUCAAAAGACACUGUUUUUUUUUUUUAUUAGCUGCAUUGCUAAUAAAUGGUUUGUUUAGCUCACAAAGACGCCUCAUCAUUAGUUUUAGGCUCUCUCGCAACCUGUUAAAAAUUACUUACUAGAGCUUUAAAAUCAUCUUCAUCCUCAUACAACCCUUUGAGCAGAUUUUGUCAUUAUGCUACAUAGUUGUUGUUUCUUUUCUAAAACCUCCUCUCUGUACUUUCUCUCAGGUUCAUCGUGGGUAGCUGAAAGCUCAAAGCUGCCCUGGGGCGACGGGGAGACAGAAGCCCUCUUGGACAUCUGGGGGAGCGAGGAUGUCCAAGAGAACUUGAAGGGCUGCACAAAGAACAAGCACAUCUUUAUCCAGAUUGCUGAGGUCAUGGCCAGUCAGGGCUAUAUGCGCACUCCAGAGCAGUGUCAGACUAGAAUAAAAAGGCUGAGGGCCAAUUUCAGACACUUCCUUGAAGGCAGACAGUAAGUACAGCAAAGCAGCAUAUUGACUUUGGAAUAUGCUGGAGUCGGUCAUUCAUUUUUCACUUUAUUUUCUUUGCAUGUUCAGAUAUCUAAAGUAAAACUUUAAACUAAGAUGUCAAAGUCUGAAAUUCUGUUUUUUAUACAGAGGGGAGAAACAAGAAUGCAAGUACUUUGACCAGUUGGUGCAGAUCUUUGGUACCAAGUACAGAUCGAACAAUGACCCCCUGUCUGAUGACACAGCUGAUGUUGUAGGUAAGAAGUGACGUUUUCUUUGAUUUUACAAUUCAAAAAGAUAUCAUAAUAUCAUACAAAACAAUACGGUAGGGGAGACCAGGGCUUGUUGUCACAUGGGUAAGUUGUCACAUUGCAAUUAUCUUUGCCACCAGAGGGCGCAAUUAAAACGCGGAAUACUAGUUUUCUUCCUUUACGUGGUCAGGGGUCGCGUCCUGUCUGAGAAGAGAAGAGCACAUUGUGAGCUGAGAUGAGCGCCAAGUAACCAUAUCGCACAACCAAAAGUAAAAAAAGUUAACCUUAUAUAUUUUAAAAUAAGCUUCUUGUAGAUAAAAAUCCUAACAGUGAUACAUGUGGAUUUGUUAGAGGAGAGAUUAAGGCAUGUUGUCAUAGCUCAGUCAUUGUUCUGUUUUAAGAUAACUUAAAUCUAGAGCUUUAAUUAGCAAACAUGGUAGUUUGGGGCAACAUGUCUCAGUCAUUUUGGGGCACAAUAAAGGACUUUAAUGUCAGCUACCAUACUUUGGCUCAGUACUGCAAAAACAUUCACCCCAGCUGAAAUACAGAGUCAGACAGCUCUCCAAACUCCAGAGCAUGUUGAUAAUAUUUUAUGUUAACGUUUGUUUAAUGGCUAUGUUCAACAACUUGCUCAAUGAUAAACAUUUUCUGUGUCUGAAUUUGAUGUUUACUUUUAAGUAAAAAAUUGAUAAUAAUUUUGUCCUUGUUUUAUUAGCUGUAAAAUCCACUGUGACAUCUUACCCCAUGUAGUGAGACAACUUACCUCAUGGUGGGGCAACAUGUCACAUGUUCACACUCUCUAUUUAUAACUCUGCACUGACACAAGAUAUGAAAAUGACAUGAAUACGAAACAUAUACAUGAGACUUUGGUCUUUUGUGUGGUACACAUUUUGUUUUUAUAUGAUGUGUUGAUUCCAAGUAAUAUAUAAGAGUGUAAAAAGUGUGACAACAAGCCCCGGUCCACCCUACCAUACAAACAAGAGAGUGUAAUGUUUGUGUUGUGAACACGAUUCAAGUUUGUCGGAAAUUGUGUCAUCCUUGGUAUCCAUGAUUUACUUGUAAUCCUCAGAGACCUGAAACUGUCUGCCACUGACAUUUAAUGGACCUAGGAGCUGCAGAUGACCAGAAGAGGGUCCAGAGGAGGAAAAAACCGGAGCACUGCCUCAGAAAGGGUCAUAUUGUUGACUGUGGUGAGCAGCUGUUUACAGAUUACAGGAGAGUGACUGCCAAAGCUCACUGUAAUCUUUGCCUCUGUAUGAUGUAUUCUUUAGACACUGUUACAUUCUGCAUACACAGGGUGCGUGUGUGUGUGUGUGUGUGUUUGUGUGUGUGCGUGCGCGUGUGUGUGUGCGUGCGUGCGCCUCCUGCAUCCCUCCACCAGAGUGUCUUGUGAUUAUUUACAAUAGAGCCAUGACACAAAAACCAGGAAGCUCAGGGCUCAAGAUAAAAGAAUCUCAACAAGGAGUCACUGACAGUGCUGUGCUCCUCCAGAAAAACAAUUUUCUACUUAUACGUGAUUAUUUUAUACUUGAAUGUAAAGUCAGGAGUUUUAAGCACAAGUGAAAAAGUCUCUGUCACUGUACCUACAUUCUACCUUUGCUUUUUUUUGAAGCCUCACUUGUACAAUUUUUGUUUUUGCACUUGUUCGCCGUGCUCCAGAGCGUUGACUUUUUUGUGCUCUGUAUCUGUUAGAUGUUAUUCACAGUCUUAUUUAUUUGAAUUUAAAUUAUUAUGUGUUAUGUUCAGACUUUGACCGUUUACUUGAAACAUGAUGCUCUUGAAACUUUACUGAAGCACAUUCUUUCUACAAACGUGCUUACGUGUUCAUUAAAAGCAGCUACAAUA